AUGGCGGCGCCGUCCCCGACCACCGCCGCCGCCGCCGCCACGACCCACCACCGCGCGCUCCUCCCGUCUCCGCGCCCCCGCGCCGCCGCCGCGCCCUCCGCCGUCCGCCUCCCGCUCCGCGCGCAGCCCCACGCCCAGCGCGCGCGCCUCGCCGCCCCGGUCGCCGCCGCGGCCCCGGCGGCGUCGACGGCCUCCCCCGAGUCCCCCGCCGCGGGCGCCGUCGCGGGGAAGCCGACGGUGCUCGUGGCCGAGAAGCUCGGCGCCGCGGGGCUUGCGCUGCUGCGGGAGUUCGCCAACGUCGACUGCUCCUAUGGCCUCUCCCCCGAGGACCUCCGCGCCAAGAUCUCGCUCUGCGACGCGCUCAUCGUCAGGUCCGGGACCAAGGUCGGCCGCGACGUCUUCGAGGCGUCCGGCGGCAGGCUCCGCGUUGUCGGCCGCGCCGGCGUCGGGAUCGACAACGUCGACCUCGCCGCCGCCACCGAGCAUGGGUGCCUCGUCGUCAACGCGCCCACCGCUAACACCGUCGCCGCUGCCGAGCAUGGCAUCGCGCUGCUCACUGCCAUGUCCAGGAACAUCGCGCAGGCGGACGCAUCACUCAAGGCUGGUCAAUGGCAGCGCAACAAGUAUGUUGGUGUAUCUCUUGUGGGAAAAACUCUUGCUAUUCUUGGAUUUGGAAAGGUCGGUUCAGAGGUUGCUCGUCGUGCUAAAGGCUUGGGAAUGCAUGUGAUUGCACAUGAUCCAUAUGCUUCUGCUGAUCGGGCUCGUGCAAUCGGGGUUGAGCUAGUUAGCAUGGAGGAGGCCAUGACAACUGCUGACUUUAUCUCGUUACACAUGCCUCUUACGCCUGCAACAAACAAGAUGCUCAAUGAUGAGGCCUUCGCUAAGAUGAAGAAGGGCGUUCGCAUUAUAAAUGUGGCACGUGGUGGUGUAAUUGACGAAGAAGCUCUAGUCAGGGCACUUGAUUCAGGAAUAGUAGCACAGGCUGCUCUUGAUGUGUUCACUAAAGAACCCCCAGCACCUGACAACAAGUUGGUACUGCACGAGAAUGUUACUGUCACACCUCACCUUGGUGCCAGCACAGUGGAGGCACAGGAAGGAGUGGCUAUUGAGAUAGCUGAAGCUGUCAUUGGAGCUCUGAAAGGGGAGCUUGCAGCUUCUGCAGUCAACGCGCCAAUGGUUCCUGCUGAGGUGCUGUCAGAGCUUGCACCUUUUGUUGUGCUUGCAGAAAAGCUUGGGCGCUUGGCUGUGCAACUUGUUGCUGGUGGCGGUGGUAUCAAGUCUGUGAAAGUGACCUAUGCGUCUGCACGGGCCCCUGAUGAUCUUGACACGAGACUUCUCCGUGCAAUGAUCACCAAGGGAUUGAUUGAACCAAUCUCCAGUGUUUUUGUCAAUCUGGUAAAUGCUGACUUCACCGCAAAGCAGAGGGGAGUUCGCAUCACCGAGGAGAGGAUACUGUUGGACGGCUCACCUGAGACACCUAUUGAUUAUAUUCAAGUUCAGAUUGCCAAUGUUGAGUCCAAAUUUCCCAGUGCGAUAUCUGAGACUGGAGAGAUCACUGUGGAGGGGAGAGUGAAGGAUGGUGUUCCUCAUCUAACAAAGGUUGGAGCAUUCCAGGUGGAUGUGAGCUUGGAAGGAAGCCUGAUCCUUUGCAGGCAGGUUGAUCAACCAGGUAUGAUUGGGUCAGUGGGAAGUGUCUUGGGUGAAGAGAACGUCAAUGUCAGUUUCAUGAGUGUUGGAAGAAUUGCUCCUCGCAAGCAUGCUGUCAUGGCAAUUGGUGUUGAUGAGGAACCAAGCAAGGGCACACUGACAAAGAUCGGGGAGAUUCCAGCGAUUGAAGAGUUUGUUUUCCUCAAGCUCUAG